AUGGUUUUGAAAGGAGCAGCAACAAUGAUUGUUCGACUAAGUCGAGCAAUUUUAUCUCACCCGUUGAAGUCAAUACAUGCUCCACGUGUUUAUGAAAUACCAAAAAUUAAUAAGAAUCCACAAGUUUAUACAGAAGGUCCACUACGUUAUUAUUUAUUUCCAUCGGUUUACCGAUCAUUUUUUACCCAUUAUGGACCAUCAAUUGGUCGUUAUCAUCAAAAUCUUUCUUAUUUAUUGCCAUUUCGAGCGGCACUUAACGAGAUCAAACGACGACUAUUCUUUGCUGCUCCAGCUAGUUCUCGCUUUGCUUUAAAUCUUCUCGGCUAUUCACUUCUAACAGAAUCUUCAUUUAAUCCUAUUCAUAUUGAUAAAUCUAUCAAUCAAAUUGGUGAUCUUCUAUCGAAAACUACUACCGUGGAUUCAUUCAAUAAUGACAAUGAAAAAUAUACUCGAGCAUCGCUCGAUGAUUUUGAAUUAGGACGUUUACUUGGUUAUGGUUGUAAUGCAGCUGUUUAUGAAGCAAGAUUACGAUCAUCAACAUCGGAAGGUACAUCUCCUAUACAAACAACUUUUAUUCAUAAUGAUGAUAAUAAUACUGAAAGUGAUAUUGAAAUACUUUCACGUCAAUCAUCCAAUAUAUCAUCAAUAUACGAUGAAACAUGUGAACAUCUUGAUAAUGAACAACAACUUAAUGAUUUAACAUUAAGAGAAGUUCGAUAUCGAGCUUUAACUAAUUUAAAUAAUUCAUCGAAUGUUGAAUCUGAUAUAUUACCAGCUGGUAAAUUUAAUUUAGCAAUAAAAAUGUUAUUUAAUUAUGGUAUUCAAUCGAAUGCUGAAGCACUUGAAAAAGCAAUGGACAAAGAAUUAUUACCAUUACGUAAAUGUUCUUAUCAUCCGAACAUAGUUCGUAUGUAUUCAUGUUUUGUUGAUACAUUUCCAUUAUUACAUGAAGCACAAGAAUAUUAUCCAAUGGCUAUACCAUCAAGUUUAUCACCUGAUGGUUAUGGAAGAAAUAAAACAUUAUUUAUCGUUAUGAGAAAAUAUGAUUUAACAUUAAGUGAAUAUAUUCGUUUAAAUAAACCAACACAUGAUGAACGUUUAGUACUUUUUGCACAAUUACUUGAAGCCUUAUUAUAUUUAAAACAUCGUUCAAUUGUACAUAGAGACUUAAAAAGUGAUAAUCUUUUAGUAUGCAAUUUAACUGGAGAACUUGUUUUAGCUGAUUUUGGUUGUGCAUUGUAUCAUCCACCAAAUUUAAAAGUACCUUAUACAACUGAUGAAAUUUGUAAAGGUGGAAAUCUUGCUUUAAUGGCACCAGAGAUUGUAGCAUGUCAACCAGGUCCAAAAAGCUUUCUUGAUUAUAAUAAAGCUGAUCUUUGGGCAAGUGGAACGUUAUGUUAUGAGUUUUUUUCUCAACCCAAUCCAUUUUUUCAUGGUACAUUUCGACAAGAUACAUAUAAUGAUCAACAAUUACCAUCACUUUCUCCAUUAGCAUCACGAACAAUUGAAAAUCUUGUUCAUUCAAUGUUACGUAAAAAUCCUAAAGAGCGUCCAUCUAUAUCUCGUGUUAGUGAUUGUAUUCAUUUAUAUCUUUGGUUUCAAUCAACAGCUUUAACUAUGACAAAAAAUGAAUUUUAUCAAACAUAUAUGUGGACAGCUUUGGAAACAUUAUUUAAUAAACGUACAUUAUCAUUUGUUGAACUUAAUUUAAAAAAACUUUUCUUUCAACGACAAUCUUCUCAAUCAUUGUAUGAUGCGCAAUCGUAUCUUAAUCAACUUUCAAUGUAUAUUUAA